AUGGUAUCCAUUAACUCCACCAGGCCAGCUUCUUUAUUAGAUCUCUUGGGGUUCUCCACCCAUUCUUUUGAUUUUCAACCCCGAACAAUAAUAGCGUAUAAAGUCUCUUGCACGGGAAAGAAUGAAGACGUUGCCAACAGCACCUGGAUUCCAAUGUGGGAUAUACAGGUAGUGACCCAACAGGAGAAACAGAAGAAUAUGGAGAUAGAGAAGAGCAACUCUUCUCUCAGUGUGAACAACUGGGCCAUAUAUGUUCUAGUGAAAGUAGAGGAAUCCAUCUUAUGGUGUAUACUUGCCACAAUUGGGAGUGUAUUCUGCCAGAUGAGGGACCAGUGGGGAAUGCUGAGAUGGGGAAAGGAUAAGGCAGAUGGUGAGGACGGUAAGAAUGGGUGA